AUGAGAUCACAGGGUUUCGUCGUGGGUGCCUUCGUAGAGGCCGGUUUUGUAGUAGUGGUGCUAGGUGUAGUGGUGGUAACCAAUAUUGGUUUGGUUGCUGCUGUUUUCGCAGUAGUCGUUAGCGGGGUUACCCACCAAGGUUUUGUCUUGGCUGUUUUGUCAGCUUCUGACCAGAAUGGACGAGAAGUCCGUGUAGUGGGCGUGUCUGUCAAACGCGUCCUACGAGUUGUCGUGGUAGUGGGCGCGGUUGUCGUUGGUGAAGAGCGUGUUGUUACAAUGCUAUGGUCAGUGUUCAACGAACGCGGAUGAGU